AUGGACUCGCAGCACCGCAAAAUCGAGCUCCAAUCCCCCGCAGACCUCACCUACCUCAUAGCCAAAAUCCGCACCCAAGCCCGAGCAAAACUAGACCUCCACCUCCCACCGCACACGUCCGCCACCGAGCCCGACGAACUCCGGAAAAACGUCGAAGAGCUCCUCGACGCAUUCGUCGCACAAGUCCUGCUCGGCAUGAAAGCCAACAUCUCCAUCAACGGCAUCGACGUCGUGAGCCGCGGCAGCGGCCCCAGAGAAGGAGGAGGAGGGGCAGGAGACGCAAUGGAUAUCGAUGCCGACCCGGGAAAACUGCUAGAAGACGGGAUAGUGGAAGUCGAAGAAUUCGAGCCCUAUGACGAUAAGCUGCGGGCACGCCUCAGCUCCGCCGUGGCAAAACGCGAUGCCCUCGUUGCAAAAAUAUCGAGUCAUCGUCGUACCACUCCUGCGCUCGCGGCGCAGCAAUUCCAGGAGAGCUUUGAGAAGGAGAUGGAGGCGUUUGAGGGUGCGCGAGCAGAGGCGGAGCGACUGGCGCUUGCGGGGCAGGAAGAAGAUGUUGUUGGGGUCGAGGCGUUGAGUAGACAGGAUGAGGUUGAGAAGAAUUGGACGAGGGCCCUUGAGGGUUUGGAGAGGUUGAACAAGGGUUUACCAGAGACGAGGGCGAGGUUGGAGAGGUGCGGGGAUGUUGUUGGGUAUCUGGGUGGGAGCAAGGGGAAAGUGUGAGGGUCUACGUGCAUGUCUAUAUGUCUUCUUUCUCGGGCGGAUUGAUUCAGGCGGUACUUUGGCGGGUGUUUAGGGCGUACUUUUGGUAUCU